AUGACAAUCACAUCAACAACCCGCCUCGCUACAGAGCGUCGGUUUCCUACGCCUCCCCCAGACGGCCAGUCGCAAUCGACCCCACGAGUCUAUCCUGCCCCCGAGUUCCCUUUCAAAGGCUGGCUGCCUCCAAGACCAGAUGGCUAUCGACAGAGCGCAGCCACUCCUUCUGAUAGCGCAAUAGUUAUUGACAAUGGAGCCAGCACCAUCAAGGCUGGAUUCUCUUUCGACAAGAGCCCUCGAUUCCUGGUACCCCCGAUCAUGGCGAAAUUCAAGGAUCGGAAGUUUAACAAAUACUGCGCCUUUGUCGGAUACGAUGCCUACGCCGAUGCCACGACUCGUGGCCAAAUCAGAGCGGCUUUCGAGCAAAAUACUAGCAUUCCGACAAAUUGGGAUAUUUUGGAAGGGGUGUACGACUACAUUUUUCUCAAAUUGGGGGUGGAUGGAGAAGGCGGUGUGGGUAGACCGCUGGUCGUCACGGAGCCUGUCGCAAACCUGGGCCACAGCAGAAGAAUGAUGAAUGAAAUGCUGUUCGAAUGCUACAAUGCGCCGAGUGUCACCUACGGAAUCGACAGUCUGUUUUCCUACCGCCAAAACAAGGGCCAAUCUGGGCUGAUCGUGUCUUCAUCUCAUACCUCGACUCACAUCAUUCCUGUGUUGGAUCGGAAACCUCAGAUGCAAAUGUGCGCGAGGUUGAAUUGGGGCGGCUCCCAGGCUCAGGAGUACCUGCUUAAGCUCAUCCGCCUGAAAUACCCGACAUUUCCUGGGAAGUUGACCCUGGAGCAGAUGGAGUGGUACAUCAAACAAUAUUGCUAUCUCUCAACCGACUUCCCAACCGAACUAUCUACCUAUCUGGAUUGGACCGGCCUAGAAGAAAAGCGAGAUAUCAUAAUCCAGUACCCCUUCACAGAACAGGUCGUGGUCGAGAAAUCGGCCGAAGACCUUGCCAGAAUAGCCGAGCGCAAGAAGGAAUCUGGUCGAAGACUCCAAGAACAAGCAGCAAAGAUGCGGCUGGAAAAGCUUAUUAAAAAAGAGCAAGAAUUGGAGUACUAUCAGAAACUGCAUGAGUCUUAUGUAAAUGCACCAACCAAAAAAGAACAGCGUCGAAUUUUGGAUGACGAAGAGCUCAAAGACGAGGCGGCGUUGGAGAGAAUCAUCCGUGACCUGGAUAAAUCGAUCAAGAAAUCCAGAAAUAAGGAGCUGGGGGCUCCGGAGGAGGAAGAAAACCUCGAAGAGCAGCUGAACAGAUUUCCUCUUCUUGAUGUCCCAGACGACCAGCUGGAUGAGGACGGCAUCAAGGAGAAGCGACAUCAGAGGCUUAUGAAAUCUGGUGUCGAGGCCAGGAUCAGGGCUAAAGCGGAGAAAGAACGUGAAAGAGCUCGUAUGGCAGAAGAAGAAAGGAAAGACCGCGAAAUGCGUGAAAAUCACUUCAACGAAUGGCUUGCGGGUCGGCGACAACAACGCCUUGCACUGCUGGCGAAAAUCAAAGAGCAAGCCAGGCAAAAGGCGGACUUCAGCAAUCGCAAAGGCAUUGCGUCGCAAAUGCGUAUGAAGACAUUGGCAAACCUUGCUUCAGAUGGACCGAAGCGGAAGCGCAGGGGGGGAGGCGAUUAUGACGAUGACUUUGGAGCCAACGACGACGACUGGGGCGUAUACCGCACCGUGGCUACGGAACCUGCCAGCGACGACGAGGAGCCUGAAGAAGACCCAGUCACCGCUUUGAAGGCCCUUGAAAGCGAGCUUCUGCAAUUCGACCCAGAGUUCUCGGAAAAGGACACCAUUGAGGCACAGAACGACUGGACAAAGAGCGUUUUGCACGCUUUCUUACGAGGGGCAAGGCCAGCGGACCCGGAAAGUCAGCGAGAGGCGAACCAGAUUCACCUCAAUGUCGAACGCAUCAGAGUUCCUGAAGUGGUAUUCCAGCCGGCCAUUGCUGGAAUAGACCAGGCUGGUCUCAUCGAAAUCAUUGAAGGUAUCGUCAUGAGUCGUUUCUCGAACUUUGACCAACAACAAGCGCUCCUGAAGGAUGUCUUUCUGACAGGCGGAAAUACCAUGUUUCCCACAUUCGAGGAACGACUCAGGCAGGAACUGAUUGCCGCAUUACCGUGUGAUUUCACAAUCAAUGUCCGCAAGGCGAACGACCCGAUCCUUGAUGCCUGGAAAGGGGCCGCUUCCUGGUGGAGCACUUCAGAUGGGAUCGAGCGUGAAUCGGCCACCGUCACGCGUGCGGAGUACAUGGAGAAAGGGAGUGACUACAUCAAGGAGCAUGACCUGGGCAAUUUCGUCGCCCCGCCUUUCACGUUCGGAGGUUGA